GAAAGAAAAGAGGGAAAUUUCGAAGCGGGAAAAAGAAGGUUCGUUUCGAAGCCAAAAAUUGAGAACACUCCCCCCUCUCUCCUCGCUAGCUACCCACUUAAACUGUGGCGAAAAAAUCAAAGCGUACACAGAGCAACCGGGAAAAUAAAGCGAGGUGCCCUCAAAACAGCCGCGCAGAUUUAUGACCAUGCCUUUGUGACCGCGUUGAACAGCCGUAGCUAACAAAUGAUCCAUCGCCCGGUCGUACACCACGUCACACUGGCAUCCGAUGAAGGGCGCCUCGUUCCCCCAAGUCGCACCCGUCAAACGGUACUACUGUGGGGAAGGCAGAGUCUGCGUAAUAGGAAGUGACUAGUUUAGCCUUCUUUUUUCUUCCGUUUUUUUUUUUCCUCUUUUUUCGAUUUGUUCCCCUCCCCCACCCGCACGAUGAUCAAACUGGACGUUUUCAAGUUGGCCAAAAUGGGGCCGAGUAAGGGGAAGGGGCCACUCAUCGCGAAGUACGCUCCUGUUGGGUUCAAGAAAGGAUUCGGGGCUAUCGGGCUGGGAAGGCACACGAAAAAGGGCUUCUUCAUCAUUAACAAAAUGCUGGUGCCCAACUUUCGAGUCCCAGACCUGAGCGAUUGCAACCUAAAACCUUAUGUCUCGAAGAAAACUCCCCUCAUCGUCAUGAAGAAGCAGUUGGGCCCCCGCCGAAAAAUCCUCAACUGAAUUGAGCACAUGGCCCCUACGUUACGCAGUUUUGGCGCCAUUUAUUUAUCGCGCAUUUAUUUGUCGCUCAUUUAUUUGCUUCUCCCUUUGUGUUGAUUUUUUUUUUUUCCCGCUCGAUCGCAGAGCGUUCCCUCCUCCUGCCGGUGGUUAAAUUAAAGCGCGCCAGCCGAAUCGCAAAAUUGAAACUUGCCAAAAGAUGAU